AUGGAUAAGGAAUGGAAAAAGGAAAACCCUGCGAGUAAAGAGUAUCAAAAUGGUCUUGAUUUUUUUCUAGAUUAUGCAUACACCAAAGGAAAUCCCCGAGGGAAAGAAAUUUUGUGUCCUUGUGUGAAUUGUUACAAUACCAAUUGGCUUACAAGGAAUGAAGUACGAAAUCAUUUAAUCGCAUUUGGAUUUCAAAAAGGAUAUGAUGUUUGGGUUCGACAUGGUGAGAAGAAACUAAAACCCGAUGAUCUUAAUGAUAAUUAUAUGAAUCAUGAAGAGGAUCAAAUCGACGAUAUUUAUGGACUAUUGCAUGAAAGAUUUAGAGAUGUUGUACAAGAAGAAAAUGAAGUAAAUGUAGGCCUCAAUGAAGAUGCAAAAAAGUUCUAUAAUCUAGUCGAAGAAGCCAAACAAGAUUUGUAUCCGGGUUGUAAAAACUUCUCUAAAUUGUCGUUCACCAUCCGUCUUUAUUUAUUGAAAUGUCUUUAUGGUUGGAGCAACAUAUCAUUCAAUACUCUCUUAGAGUUAUUGAGAGAAGCUAUGCCUUCAUUGAACAUCCCUGAUACGUUCAGCAAAACCAAAGGUAUGAUAAGGGACUUAGGGUUGGAUUAUAAGAAGAUUGAUGCUUGCCCUAAUGAUUGCAUGAUAUAUUGGAAAAAUCAUGAGAAUGAUACUUCUUGCCAUGUUUGUGGUGUUCCAUGGUGGAAUGAAGAUGUAAAAGGAGAUGAUAAAGUUGAAAAAAGUCAUAAGUCUCAUAAAGUUCCUUUGAAAGUUUUGAGGCACUUUCCCUUGAUUCCAAGACUUCAAAGACUGUUUAUGUGUUCAAAGACUGCUAGCUCAUUAAGGUGGCAUGAUGAAGAACGUUCGAAAGAUGGGAAGUUGAGGCAUCCUGCAGACAGAGAAGCAUGGAAAGAAUUUAAUAAAUGCCAUUCUGAAUUUGCUGAUGAGCCGCGUAAUAUAAGACUUGGGUUGGCCAGUGACGGAUUUAAUCCAUUUAGAACCAUGAAUUUGUCUCAUAGUACUUGGCCUGUGGUAUUAAUACCAUAUAACUUUCCACCUUGGUGGUGCAUGAAGGCUGAGUAUUCUAUGUUGUCUUUAUUAAUCCUUGGACCACGUUCACCUGGGAAUAACAUUGAUGUGUACCUUCAACCAUUGAUAGAAGAAUUGAAAGUGUUAUGGGAUUUGGGUGUAGAAACAUAUGAUGCAUCACUAAAUCAAACUUUCCAAAUGCGGGCAUCUCUCUUAUGGACUAUUAGUGACUUUCCUGGGUAUGCUAUGUUGAGUGGGUGGAGUACAAAAGGGAAACUAGCAUGUCCUUGUUAUAAUUAUAACACUAAUUCAAUAUAUUUGAAUAAUAGUAAAAAAAAUGUGUUAUAUGGAUCAUCGUGUUUUUUGCCCGAGGAUCAUAAAUAUAGGUCAAAUGUUAGGAAUUUCAAUGGGAGCAUAGAAGAUAGGCCACCACCAGAGUUGUUAACUUGGGAACAAAUCUCAAAUAAACUAAAGGACGUCAACAAUGAUUUUGGCAGGUUGCAAAAGAAAAGUAAUAAUGGUCCAUGGAAGAAAAAAUCAAUAUUUUUUGAGUUACCAUAUUGGAAGCAUAAUACUUUACGCCACAACCUUGAUGUGAUGCAUAUAGAGAAAAACAUAUUUGAUAGUAUAAUUGGGACUUUAUUGGAUAUCCCAGGAAAGACAAAAGAUCAUAAAAAUGCACGUUUAGACUUGAAAGAGAUGGGUAUUAAAAAGAAACUUCACCCCAAAGAGGUAGAUCAAGGAAAAAAGUCAGUGUUUGCAAAAGCAUGCUUUUCCAUGACUGCAAAGGAGAAAACUACUUUUUGUUCUGUAUUGAAAAAUGAAAAAAAUACCAGACGGUUGUGCUUCAAACAUUUCAAGAAGGUGAUUGAGGUGGCAGAUUUGGAUAUCUUGCAAUCUGAUAUUGUAGAGACACUUUGCCAAUUCGAGACAAUUUCCCCCCCGAGUUUCUUUGAUAUAAUGGUUCAUUUGCCAAUACAUUUAGUGAAUAAGGUGAGAAUGGGAGGACCUGUUCAAUUUCGGUGGAUGUAUUUUCCAGAAAGAUAUCUAGGAAAAUUGAAGGGUUAUGUUCGUAAUAAAAGUCGCCCUGAAGGUUCUAUUGCUGAGGGUUAUUUGGUUGAAGAAUGCUUGACAUUUUGCUCUAGGUAUUUUCAUAGUGGUGUUGAAACAAGAUUCACUAGAAUAACAAGGAAUAGCGAUAUAUGUGAUCCUCAUGAACGUGAAAGUUCAAGCUCUUGUCUCAACGUUGGUCAUCCUAUUGGAGGAAAGAGAAAGGGUGAAGCAAUUUCUUUGGAUUGCAAAUCAAGGAGUUUAGCCCACCGUUACAUCUUAUUCAAUCAUGAAGAUGUCCAAAAAUUUAUACGUGAGCAUGAAAAUAAAAAUCCCAAUAAGAGAAAGGGGUGGAGCAAAGCAAAAAGUCAAGGUUUAGAUUUUGUUGAAUGGUUUAAGAAGCGUGCAUUGUUAGGUGAUGUAUCUGAAAACCUUAGGAAGCUAUCCAGAGGACCAAAUGAAAUUGCACGAUGUUUUUCUGGUUAUGUAAUUAAUGGAUAUAGGUUUCAUACAAAACAACAUGAUGCUAAACGUAAAACACAAAAUAGUGGUGUGACACUGGCGGCAAUAACUGAAAGUUUUUCAAGUACCAAAGAUGAAAAUCCAUUAACACAGUCAAUAACUUACUAUGGAUUAAUUACAAAAAUAAUUGAGGUAGACUAUUAUGGUAAGUUGAAGUUUGUGUUAUUUAGAUGUGACUGGUUUGAAGUUGAAGAGGAAAAAUAUGGGAUGACUUGUGUUUACUUCAACAAGAGAUGUUACGUGGAUGAUCCUUUUGUAUUGGCUUCUCAAGUUCACCAAUGCUUCUACAUUCAAGAUCCUUCUGAUGCAAAUAAACACUAUGUUAUGAAAUCUAUUCCGAGGGAUUUUUUUAACAUGAAUGAACAAUCAGAUUCAAAUCUCCAUCAAUCGUAUGAUUAUGAUCUAUCAGAUCAUGCAGUGAAUCUAGCUUCAAAUGAUGAAAUUUGUGAAGUUUAA